UCACCCUGAGUACCAUGGCAUGGCCUGGCGAACUAUGCGCGCCGCGCAUGCCGCUGCCGCGCGGAACCCGCGGUUCCUGCGGGGUGAAAGUGCCGCAGAUGUGGUCAUGGCCCUGGCGGAGGAGGCCCGGUGGCAGCAGGCCAUCAGCCUGGCGCAGAAGCAAGUGCAUUGGAAGACAUACCAAAAUAGCCUCCAGGCUUGCCGCAAAGGCUUGCAAUGGGAAUGGUCUGUCCAGUUGUUGGAUGAGAUGCAGAUGCACAGCCUCAGGCCCUCCAGCACGGCCUAUGGCUUGGUGGCCUCCACCUUGGGAAGGGCCACACAGUGGAGCAAAGGUCUACAGCUCAUCCAGACCAUGCGAGGUGACGCGGUGCCGUUGCACUUGAAGAUCUUCAGCGCCGUGCUGAGCGGCUGUGGCGAGGCACAGCAGUGGCAGGCAGCUGUGGCACUCUUGGACGAUGCAGAGCAGAGUGCUCUUCAGCUGGACACAGUGGCAUGCAACGCUGGAAUGAUGGCCUGCAAGACCGGUGCAUGGGAGACCUCUGUGGCCCUGCUGACCGCCAUGCUGCAGCGUCAGCUGGCGCCCUCGGUGGUGACGCUGGCCGCGCUGGUGGAGGCCCUGGGGCCCCCGCGCUGGGCGAAGGCUUUGCAGGUCCUGGAGGAGAGCCGCCGCUUCACGGUCGUGCCGGACCUGGUUCUGGUGAAUGCCACUGCCUCGGUCGCCUGUCGAGGCAGCAGCUGGACCACCGCCUUGGCGCUUGCUGAAGGGCUCCCGCAGAGGGCGCUCCAAGCGGACGUCUUCACGGCAAACAUCGUCCUGUCCAGUCUGGCGCAGAACAAGGGUUGGCAGGACACGCUGGCGAUGCUGCACUCUCUUCCCAGGCGCACGUUGAGGCCGAACACCAUCUCCUUCAACACCACCAUGAGUUGUGCAGUGCAAGGCGGUCGAUGGCAGUUGGUCUAUGAGCUUUUGGAUGAGAUGAACAGGAGGAAACUACGUUGGAUGGAUGGAACGUUCAAUGCGUUGGCAUCGGUCCACGAACUGAAUUCAUCCUGGGAAGCAGCAGUUCAAUGUCUGGUGGAUGCCUCCAAAGAAGGACUACAGCCAAGUGUGAUGACACGCGCUGUGGUGGUCUCGGCCUGUCGCAAGGCGCAGCAGUGGCACCAGGUGCUGGCUUUGCUCGAGCAGUCCGAGGACAGUGCUCGGGAUGAUCUCUUCCGCGCCUCCUACAUGGCCAGCUGCUUGGACGCCGGAGACUUGCCCACGGCCCUGGCGGCGUACCGAGAACGUCCGCUGCGUGGAACGGCGCAGCGGCAGCCCAAUGUGGUGGAUUUGCAUUUACUACAACCCGAAGAGGCACGCUUGGCCGUUUGCUGCGCCCUCCUUGACCUUGCCCUGCUGCCCCAAGUGCCAGUGACAGGCCUCGUGCUGGUCACGGGACGUGGCAGCCACUCGGAAGGUGGGCAGUCCAUCCUACGACCGGCAGUGUUGCAGCUUCUGUCUGAACUACGUUUGAAAGCAAGCGUCAAUUCGAAUCGAGGAUCUGUGCACGUUCCGAAGCAUGCGCUGUUGAGCUUCCUGGGAGAGGC